AUGUCUGUGCAGAUUGGAAGCGUUGCGCCCGCGCUGAACGCUUACUGGGGUCAAUGGGGCGGUUACCGAUUGCGCGACGUUUGUGACUCUGGUGUGCAGUAUGCCACCAUUUCUUUCGUAACCAAGUCUCCAGAGCAAGCCAAUGGAUAUCCAGCGACCAACUUUGGUGCCAAUUGCGCUGGUGAUGUCUACACCAUCAAUGGCCAGAGGACAGAGCUACUCAGCAACUGCCAGCUGAUCAAAGAAGAUAUUCCCUAUUGCCAAGCCAAGGGAGUCAAGGUGCUGCUGUCCAUCGGUGGUGCCCCCGGCCCAAACACCAACUACAAGGUCUCCAACUCUGCCAACGGCCGAGAUUUCGCUGAUUUCCUCUACAAUGCUUUUGGUCCCUAUGAUCCCAGCUGGUCGGGCCCUCGUCCCUUUGAUCUCGGUGCGAACCAGCACGUUGCUGUGAAUGGGUUCGACUUGGACCUGGAGGAUCCUAGCGUCGACUUGACUCCUUAUGAGACCAUGGUCAACCGAUGGCGAGAUCUGGACAGGAACUUGCUCAUCACCGCUGCUCCUCAGUGCGUCAAGCAAGACUAUCUCGACCCCCUCAUCAAGGCUGCCAAGUUCGAUGCCCUCUUCGUCCAGUUCUAUAACAACAAGGUUUGCGAUGCCAUCCCUGGCAAUGAACCUGGAGACAACUUCUCUUAUGACGACUGGGUAGCCAAGCUUCAGACCGGGCAGAGCGUCGACGCCAAGCUCUUCGUCGGCCUCCCUGGAGCUCCUAGCGCCGCAGGCUCAGGCUACAUCACUCCUGCCGCGAUGCAGCAGUUGGUUUGCCAAACUCAGAACAAGAGAAACUUUGGCGGCAUUUCCUUGUGGGAUGCCGUGUUUGCUCUGAACAACAAGGACGGAAACAACAAGAGCUAUAUCCAGAACGCCCUUGAUGCACUGACGUUUGGCUGCAACCCGAUCCCGACCACGACGAGCGCUACAGCUACCUCGGCGACGACGGCGGCCACUUCCACAUCCGCGCUCACGACAACCGCGCUCACGUCAACCGCGCUCACGUCAACCGCGCUCACGUCAACCGCGCUCACGUCAACCGCGACCACGUCAACCGCGACCACGGGUACCACAGACAUCAGCACCAGCCCAAGUUCUGGCACUUCAUCGGCGAUGACAUCUCCCAGCAGCUUCCCCGCUGUGUCAAUCUCGACUCGCUGGUCCAACUCUACCAUGACGACCCAGUCUGUUUCCCUGACCACGGUCAUCAGCACCAGCCCGAGUUCUGGCACUUCGUCGGCGAUGACAACUCCCAGCAGCUCCCCCGUUGCGUCCGACUCGACUCGCUGGUCCAGCUCUACCAUGACCUCCCGGCCUGCUUCCCUGACCACGAGCACUGUCUACACCACCAGCACGUACACAAUCACGUCUUGCGCCCCUAGCGUAACUGACUGUGCCAAGGGCCGCGUCGUUACGGAGACUAUUCCCCUGUACACUACGGUCUGCCCCGUCGCGGAAACCGCCCUGCCUGCUAAGCCCACGACCACGGGAGGAACUGCCGCUCGAACCACCAGCACCGUGUACACAACCAAGACUUACACCAUCACCUCUUGUGCCCCCUACGUGACCAACUGCCCAGUGGGCAAGGUCACUACCGAGGUGAUGGCCGCGUACACGACUGUCUGCCCUGUGGAGGGGACUGAGGCUGGCAAGGUUCCCCAGCCCACUGCUGCUUCUGGUUCCGGCGACGUUGCGGCGCCCCAGACCACCAGAACCACGACAGCCACCAUGACCGUCUACCGCACCGUCAAGCUCAACGUCACUCCGUCGGCGGAGACGUCUGUCGGCAGCUCUACGGCUGUCGCACCCAAGCCUUCCAGCGGGGGCUGCUCCGGUCUCGGGUGCGCCGGUGGUGCUACCGUCUCUACCAGCAGCUGGGCCUGGACCACCUCUGCCGCCAGCGCCUCCAGCAAUUCCACUGGGGGAUGCCCCGGUUCUGGCUGUUCUGGUGUUGCCGUCCCCACCGGCAGCUGGACCAGCUACGCCGGCGGCCCUUCAACUACUCCCAGCUACGUUUCGGGCGCCGGUGCUUGCACUCGCGCCUUCGGCCUGACCGGACUGAUUGCCGUGAUUGCCGCCGCGCUUCUGGUCAUGUAG